AUAAUCACCCACCACGUGUCAUUUCGAUGCCGAGAGAACGGAGAAAACCCGCUUGCAACCCUUGUCGGACUUCGAAACUGGCCUGCGACCAUGAGCAGCCCGUAUGUUCUAGAUGUCGGGCCAAAAACCGGGCCAGUGACUGCAUCUAUCGCUCCAGGCCUUUUCAGAAAGUCAAGGGGCCGGCGCGAUCGGGGUUUGCCUCUACCCCUGCACAAUCUCCGGUCCAAACCCCAGUUCAGGCUCCAGUGGGCUCGGUAUACGUUUCGGAGAGUCCUAUCCCUUCCUCUGAGUAAACCCAUACCUGCCCUACUGCGAGAUGAUCCGAGCACUGAUUUUUCACAGAGCACCACAAGUUUCAGGUGGUCCAACUGGGGCUGGAAUCGCCGAUUCAGCUUCGGGGGGUAUGCUGCCCAAGCAUCAUCUCUACCCGAACGCCGGAUAUCUUGGAUCUUCUAGUCAUAGUGCGCUCUUCAGUCAUUUGCCUGUUGGGCUUGAGCAAGAAAUGACGGUUGAACAUGAUGAUUUCGGACCACAAUCAUUCUCAUCACCUAAUAGCACAGUAAAUGAGGCCCAUAUAGCACAUGGCGCUCAACUCAUUGACCAGCUUUGUCGAUAUGUAGACAUUCCAGAUUGUCUCGACUUGGCCAAGUCAUGGCUUCAAACCGGAGCUAAUCUUGUCUUGGGUGGCAUGUUUACACAGAUAUGCCUUGAGACUAUUGGUCGUGUCUUACUUAGACAAGGAGAGGGAGUCACAGACACCAAGGACAUCUCAAGAUGCCUGUUCUACAACUCCCGUCAGCCUCUGCUGACGACUUCACAUACCAUUCUUGAAGAGUAUAGUGCCCAGUUUGAUCACUUAAAUGCGCGGUGGGAGAGUAUAUGUUUGGCCCUUAUUGCCAUUUCAAGGGCAACCAUGGGGUAUCGUCAACCUACAGGACCUUUUCCAGUAGAAGCCCAGCGACGCCACAUACGCCGAUUGACCAUGCACUUUGCUGAUAGAUGUCUCGAUAUAUGUCUCUCUAUGGAUUGUCUCAAUGACCUACAGCUGGUGUUGCAAUAUGAAAACUUUAUCCUUCAUUCUCUUAUCGAUGGAGACCAAAGUUAUGAGUCUUGGAGGAGGCUGGGAGAUCUUUCAAGCUCCCUCUUCGCUCUUGGCUAUCACCAGCAGCUCGAGAGCAGUGUACCUAUACCGCCGUUCCUCAGAAGCCUACGUCAAGCUGCAUUUGCAUGCUCUUAUUCUGCAGAUAAGAACGUCUCCAUCUUUCUUGGGAGACCCCCACGGAUAUCUAGAAAAUUCUGUCAUUUCCGACAGCUCAGCCUCGAUGCUUACUACUCCUGCGAUUGGGCGGCUGAUUCCCAGCUCGAUUUGUUUGCCGAUACGCGCUGGGCAGCCCUAUGUGCGAUUCUCAAGGAGGAGAUCAUAGUCGAGCUGUUUGGUGAAGAGCGAUUUGAUAACAGAGUUGAGAAAGCAAGCCGCAUCCAAAACACCGCAGAACUACAAUGGUCAUCAUUACCAAAACAUUUUCGGCUUGACAUGCCCAUGAAGACUUGUGGCCGAUCAGCUGCCGAAUUAGAUCUCAUGCUCGGUAUUAAGCUCAACUACCUUCACGUGCUAUUUCUCCAGCAUCUCGCGCUGGUCCGUCGAGUCUCGGAACCCGGUACUCAACUCCGCAACAUUGCACAAGAAAUACUCAGCCUCGUAGUCGAAGCUGUCCUAUUCAAGGAUCAUCUCAUUCACUCUGGCACAUCUCUCACCUGGAAAGUGGUAUACUACGGUUUAGCAGCAGCAGGUGUCAUUUGUUUAUCCUUGCUCCAGAAUCAGUACUCUUUGGAGCAUGAAUUAGCUGCUGCUCCCAAGAUUCUCCGAGACCUCGGCGUGUUGGUCGCUGAAAUUGAAUAUGGGACUUUGGUCUAUAAAGAGGAUGCCAAUUAUGCAUUAUUGGCUGGAGCUACACAGACCAUUAAGAAUAUUCUGGAUAACAUAUCCAGAUCCAGACUUGACCAAAGGCGUUUGAAUGUACAAGCACCUGAUGCGACGGCUCAGGAUGGCCCCGAGCUUGGUUCUGCAUCCUGGGACCUAUGGGGUACGGGUAAUUUACAGGACUUUGAUACUAACUUUUGGCUCAUGCUGGCAGAGCAUCCCUUAACAUUCAAUACAUAGAAAAACCCAC